GUGUGUGUGUGUGUGUGUUCUUGAGAAUCCGGAUGGGGGGCGGGACUUGUGACAGGGAGAGAGAUAGAGGCGAGCAGGAAAGUACGAGAGCAUUUAAGUGCCUUGGUUUGCUGUGCCUGUGAGUGUGAUGAGUGAGGAGCCAUGCAGAUACCAGUACAAGUGAGCAAAGAUGGGCUAAAGGAGUGGAUGAUGGUGGAGCUGCAGGGGGAGCUGAGGUGCCUCCCACACAUCACCAUGGGAGGCAGGCUGCUGGGGGACCUGCUCUUCAACAAACAGGGUGUUCCUGUGCUGCUCAUUGGCCACCACAUCCUUCAUGGUGCAGUACAGGACCUUUCCAAGCCUGUAGCUGUUAUGAAGAAGGUUGGAGAUAGGGAGGGGCCUGAAGCACACUACUCAGUCACUGCUGUUGUUCACAAGAAAGUGCUAUUCAAAAACAGACCCAAACCUAUUGUUAAUGCUGGGGCCCCAAGAUUAAUUUAGUGUUGGUGCUAAAUUGCAUAUUAAUGUAUUAGUGUUAAGGAGUGAAUAAAUGCAUAUUAAUGUUGAGUGAAUAAAGGGAGUAUGUGA